AUGGCGCGGUCCUAUGCUGAUGCCGUUGCGGCGCUGAACACACUUCAAAGUAAUCACCAGAUUGUCGAGGCACUUAGGAAAAACCCGAGACUCAACGAGAAUGCGAUUCCAGAAAUGGUCGAUUUCUGGACAACGGUCGGAUACAACACCGCAGAUCUGGACCGACUGAAUGUUAUACACAUUGCCGGUACCAAAGGCAAAGGGUCGACCGCAGCUUUCGUCUCUUCCAUAUUCAACCGCUACCGAUCAUCGCUCCCCGCAACGUCAGAUUACAAGAUUGGAUUGUAUACGUCUCCUCAUCUGCGCUUCGUUCGAGAGCGAAUACAGAUAAAUGGCUCACCCUUGUCAGAAGAGAAAUUCGCCAAGUAUUUUUUCGAGACGUGGGACAAAUUUGGGAGUGCUACCAAGCCGGUCUACUUCCGGUUCCUCACCCUGAUGGCUUUUCAUACGUUCAUUUCCGAGAAGGUCGGCAUAGCAAUCGUCGAGUGCGGUAUGGGCGGCACCUAUGACAGCACGAAUAUCAUUCCGUCACCUGUGGUCACUGCAAUCACCAGUUUGGGCAUCGAUCAUGUGGGCAUGUUGGGCUCUACCAUCUCAGAGAUUGCUCGACAUAAGGCCGGUAUCAUGAAGCAAUCUGCCAAAUGCUAUACGCCCCUUUCCAAUCAGGAAAAGCCCGGCGCCGAGGCGGUCCUAGAGGAGGUCGCACAGAGCGUUGGUACAGAGCUGACAUGGGUCACCACUAUGCCCGAUCUUGCUGAAAAUCGCACCAAACUGGGCCUACAGGGCGACUUCCAAAAGGAGAACGCGUCAGUUGCGAUGACCAUCGUCAAAGAAUGGUUUGCUAAGAAGGAACCCGAAACGCCAUAUGAUGCGAAAUUCAGAACGAUAGUCUCAGACGGCAUUGCUUCCGCACGCUGGCCCGGUCGAUGCGACACCCGUCACGAAGGCAACAUCACAUGGUGUAUCGAUGGAGGACACACGCUAGAAUCAAUUCAGCUCGCUGGCAAGUGGUUUGCCUCUGAGAUCAAGCACAUCACCACCCUACCCUCCGUCACAGCAGUGAAAAUCUACCUUGUCUUCAACCAACAGACCCGCGAACGCAACGCUUCAGGUCUCGCGCGCGCUCUCUAUGACACUCUGACACCUUUGCUGCCUCAAGCAAUCAGUACUGCCCUCUUCACGCCUAACACAACUUUCUCGCCGACCUCCAUAAUAAAGCGGACAGCGCCAGACCUGAUCUCAGUCGGAACCAAUCCAGAUGAAGUCGACAAGUUAGUCGUGCAGAAUGAACUUGCGGCGACAUGGAAGCAGCUGGACGCGGACGCAAGGGUAGAAGUCAAGACUAGCAUCGAGGACACAGCAGGUGUGGUCAGAGAUGAUGUCGUUGAAGAGGGCGUGCAGAAGGUUGUCCUUGUCACCGGGAGUUUGCAUUUGGUGGGAGGUGUUCUUGAGAUCUUGGAGGGCUGA